CAGCGGGGCGGCGCCGGCCGCGGCCAGGUGAGGCGGCCCCGCCCCGUCUCCCGGCCCGGGCGGCAGCGGGCGAGCGGCGAGCAUGGCGGACUCCCAGCUGAUCUGCCUGGACGACACGCACGUGAACGAGAAGGUGACCGAGGCCCAGGCCAGGUUCUACUACAGCGAGGAGCAGCGCCGGGCGCUGGAGGCGCUGGUCGCCCGGGGCGAGCCGGCCUACCGGGAGCGGCUGCAGCAGGGGCAGCUGCGGGACUUCCUCUCCAGCCGCGAGCUGCGAGCCCUGCCGGCCGGCUGGCGCGGCUCCGAUGCGCCGCCGGAGGGCGGCGGGGCCGGCGGCGAGGGCGUCUCGCUGGCCUACUGGCCGGAGUGCUCCGACACCGAGGUGCCGCCGCUGGACCUGGGCUGGACGGACAAGAACUUCUACCGGGGCGUCAGCCGGGUGAGUCUCUUCACCCACCCCUGGAAGGAGGAGAACGCGCCGCACCUCAAGCAGAUCGUUCGGGAGACGAUCCAGCAGGCACAGAGGAUCAUUGCGGUGGUAAUGGAUCUGUUUACAGACCGGGACAUCUUCCAGGAUAUUGUGGACGCAGCAUACAAGCGCCGGAUCCCAGUCUAUAUAAUCCUGGAUGAGGAGGGUGUGAAGUUCUUCCUGGAGAUGUGCAAGUGUAUGAAUCUCAGUAGCUUCCAGAUCCAGAACAUCCGUGUACGUUUUGUGACGGGAGUUGGGUUCUAUAUGCCAUCAGGGAAGAUCAAAGGCACCUUGGCCUCCCGGUUCCUGAUGGUGGAUGGUGAAAAAGUGGCCACUGGGUCCUACAGCUUCACUUGGAGCUCAUCCCACAUCGACAGAAACAUCCUCCUGUUGUUGACGGGGCAGAACGUGGAGAUGUUUGACAUUGAGUUUCGUGAGCUUUACGCCAUCUCUGAGGAGGUCAAUCUCUACAAGGAGCUGAAUAUUGCUAGCCCUUUUCAUUCAGGAGCUGGGAUAGCAGAGCUUCGCUCCUCCACUGUGUCUCGUAAGAUGAUCAACCCCAAGUAUGGUCUAGUGACAGGGGCUGCCCCUCGUGAAAUGUUCUGGGCUUCACGCCAGAGGCAGGAGGCAGAGGAGAAACUGGAAAGGAAUGAGGAGGAAAGUGAGUCAAAGAAGCGGCUGAAUCAGUUUCUGAAUGACUUGAUCACGGUGGAGCAGGUGCUACCAGAAAUUCUGCCACCUCUCGAGAGCUUGGGGAGAGUGAACCGGAGUCCCCAGAGAUUGCUCUCCUGGUUCCAUCGGGGUCUGAAACAUAAGUCCAUAUCCAGGGAGUCUAUUCGCAACACCAAAAAGGACGAGGAGGCUAGCAGCUCUGUUACCAAUGGUGAAACCAACUCCAAGCAGGGUAAGAGGUUUGGCAGCGGGUUUUUCAGCAGGAAAGCUAAACAGCCCCCAGUCAUGAAAACUGAGGCCAAUUCUUUUGCCAGUGAGGGACUCUCAGGAGACGAGUUUGUGAUCGUGAAGACAGCAUGCGAGGACCUGAUCAGCUUCAGCCCUGUCAGCAUUCGGAGUAGUGUGGGCAUCUCAGGUAAAAUGAACCCAAACUCUCCCACAGGGGAUAAAACCAAACAGUCAGCUUGUGUGAUGUCUUGAUCUGGAAGGAAUGUCAGGAGAAUUGAAGACCCCAAAAGAGCAUUUGAUGGAAUGUAUGACUUCUUACCUAUUUGAAACUUGCAGACUUGUUCUCACACAAAUGGUCUUUCAAACCACUAUAAAUGUCCAGGAUGCAGCUUGCACCUCCAGUGAAAGCACACGUGAUGCAUAAAGCAUAAAAAUGUGGAUGGUUCCUAUGUAAGGAUUAGCGGUGAAAGUAUUAAUGUCAAUAUUUAACUGUGAUAAUUGGAACUCAGAGCUAAGCCUGCAUUGAGAUGAAUGCAGGGGAGCUUUCCACUUCUUAAUGCAGCUAUUUCAAUCUAUCUAGCUACAGACUCAAAAGGAAAUCAUUUGGGAGAAAAUUGUGAAAUCUGCAGACCAUGUGGAUUUUCCUUGUCCAUGGAUUUCUAUAGAUUUCUGUUAUCAGCAGGGACAGCUAGAAGAUUCAGUGGAUGAAGAAGCUGUAUUUGGCUGGAAGAGCCCAGGGGUUAGUAUGCUAGCUCUUCACUUUAUCAUAAAACUAACAACUGAGCUGAAUGAUUUGGUAAUAAUUUCCCUUCAGGAGAAGACAAGGUUUGGAAUAUAAGGGAAUGCUUCAGACCAAGAUCAAGGUGCAUGUGGAGUCCCAGGCCUGGGAUGGCAAGGAGUGCUGCAAGAUUUUAUAGGGCCACAGGAGAUUAAUCAUAAAAUCAGUUUAAUCAUUAAUUCCGUGCCAUCUUGGUCUUAAUGGAAAGUGAGUAAGUAAAGGGCACAUCUUGAAGGCUGAAAGACAAGGAGAGAUGGGUGAAAGUUUCAAACAUCUGGCUUACUUUACAUUUUUAGUUAACCUUCCCCUUCCAAAUACAUAAAAAUAGAGGUCCCCAUCCCAUAAAUAUAUGGAGACACCAGUUAUUGUGCACACCCUCAUUGGAUUCAUUCAAUAUUUGGACUAGUAUUUUGUCCUGACAUGUUUGAGUGAAUUUUUGCCAUGCAGAUCACCACAAUAUGCUGCCUUCAAUAAACUCUCAGUGAUUUGUAAGAAAAAUACAUCAUAAUGGUAAAUAACCACUUAAAUACAAAUAUAUUUGUACUAGCACGUUAUUGAACACAGCAAAGGAAGUAUGGUUUCUUUAAAGAAAAUGAACAAAGUUCAGCACACAUUCCAAGAUCGGCCAUAUUGGGUCAUACAAUUGUCCAUCUAGCCCAAUAUCCUGUCUUCUGAGAGUGGCCAAUGCCAGGUGCCCUAGAGGGAAUGAAGA